AUGACUACGCGAUCUGGAAAGAAUUUUAGAGGUAGAAUAGCUGACAAUCAAUUUGAAAAACUAGAUCAACAUAAAGAGGAAGAUGAAGACAAUUUCAACUAUGAGGUCUAUAAUCUUGAUGAUUUGGAAGAAGAAGAUGAAGUAGAUAUUUCAUUAAAUGCAGUUGUUAGACAUUUGGUUCCGGAAGAAUUACCAAGUGAUUUACCUUCUUUACGUAACAUUCAGCAUGCCGUAGACCUUAUACCAGGAGCUCAAUUACCUAAUCUUCCAGCAUAUCGUAUGAAUCUUAGUGAGCAUGCAGAGUUUAGAGAUUUUUCGAAGGUUUUUAAGGUAGUAUGUGAUGCAUCUAACGUGGGAGUUGGUGGUAUACUUAGCCAAAAGGGACAUCCUAUUGCAUUUUUCAGCAAGAAACUUAAUGAAGCCAAGCAAAAAUAUUCCAACUAUGACAAAGAAUUUUAUGCAAUGGUUCAAGCUUUGCAAUAUUGGCGUCAUUAUCUCAUAUCAAAGGAGUUUGUUCUAUUUUCAGAUCACGAGGCCCCCAAGUAUAUCAACUCACAAAAGACGAUGAAUUAUUGGCAUGGGAAAUGGAUUUCUUUCUUGCAAGAGUAUUCAUUUCUUAUCAAACAUAAAUUUAGUGCAGAAAAUAAAGUUGCUGAUCCUUUAAGUAAAGUUGUCUAUUUACUAACUUCUAUGGCAAUUCAAGUUGUCAGGUUUGAAUCUCUCAAAAGGAAUUAUCCUUCUUAUAAGGAUUUUAGCCUUAUACAUGCAACUUUAGCAAGUGGACAGCUUGGUGAAUAUCCUAGUUUUUCACUAGAUGAUUAUCUCUUUAAGGGAACCAAACUUUGUUUGCCUAAUACAUCUUUGUGUGGGCAAGUGAUUUGGGAGUUGCAUAAUGGAGGGGCAGCUGUUCAUUUUGGAAGGGAUAAAACCAUAGCUACGGUUGAAGAUUGA